AUGGGCUUCUUGGACUUUUUACCCUGCUGUGGACCUCGAAAAGACAAAAUCAAGGAUUCUGAGGCUGUGGACACCACCACCCUCUUGCCGCCAACCCGUCCCGAGUCGAUUGUCUCGGCAGACAGUCUCGCAAACUAUGGUGCCGCCGAGCAGCAGGGUCUGACGGAUGAGCAAAUGUCGCGUAUAGCUGCUAUCGGACGGCAGGUCGGCAAUCACAUGCUCCCCGUGUCGACUUCCCCCCAGAACCGCACGUCUUCCCCUAUCCGCCGGUUAUCAACCUCCUCCAUCGGCUCUUCUCGCCCGCCCUCCCCGUCGCCGGAGAGGCCAGACACCAACCCCCUGAACGGCAAAAUCCAGUCCAGCGCGUCGGGCGAGACGCUGAAGCCAGAGGGGGACGAGGUUGUGAGGAAGAAUCUGUUUGCGGGGGGGAAUCCGGGUGGGGGUGGGGGUAAGGGAAAGAAGGGGAAGAAGAAUAAGGGGAAGGGGAAGGGGAAGGGGAAAAAGUGA